AGUUUKUGAAAUCAAAUGUUUUUGUAUUUCUUCUUUCUGAAAGGUCUGACAAGACAAAACACAGUUUUGGCUGUUUUUACUUGGUUCUUUGACUGUCUAGAGUGUGUUUAAACUGUGCGGGUCAAUCUGACCCAUACAACAAUGGACUUCAUUUUUUUCUGCAAAGCAGAAGGGUUAAGCAUCAGUUAAGUUGUAGGUUUCCCAUGUCAUAGGGGAAGUGGGGAAGUCAACACUGACCAUGAUCCACUCGAAAUUUAUCACCAAACCGGGAGGGGGCAGAGGUAAGCAUUGCGUUUUGGGACGGAUUCCCUGAUUYAAUGUACGCCCAGCCCCAGCAUAACAGCGAAUGGCCGUUUUAUCUCAAAACCACUGUUUGUAAAACGAUACCAUCCACUCAGUAAUGAGUGKUGAGAAAUACAUUUGACACCCACAGAAACGGAGACUGUCCUCUCAACAGUURCAACAGUAAUUGCAUUAAAAACAUUGUUUUUCUGGCCGGUUGUAUUUGGAAAUGUUGCACAACCGUGUGCUUGAGUUUCAGAACGCAACCAUGCUUGGCCUAUAUCUCAAAGAAAACUAACUGCAAAGGUCAAGGUGAUGGUGGAAGCUGAACCACUGAGUUGGAUGGUGCGUUGAGGAACGUUAAGGGAAAUGAGUGGAAAACUAAAAUGGGAGAAUGGAGCAAAAUGGGCUACGGGUGUUAAUGAAGAUAUGCCUCGAUCUUGUAAUGCCUUGCUCCGGUGUUGGAGUAUGUUUCAUUUCUGCAUAACGCCCUGACUUAACAAAAUAAUUGGUUUACUCUACCUUAAGAUCCUGUACAGGGUAGGCUUGAAGCAUAAGGAUGUGUUUUGGGGGAGAUCCAUUUGCGGUCAAGGAGAUGUUGGAGGACGGACAGGGAAAAGUGGAGUCRAUCAAAGUGACCAGAGACCGGUUUCCCAAAAGUAUCUUCAGGUUAAAUUCAUCUUUAGAACCKUUGUAGUUGCAUUGUUAAAUCUCCGAGCUGUUUCCCUGCAUGUUUUCUGCAKUAAAUGCCAGUUUUCACCCCACGCAGUAGGUGGCAGUAUGCGCCUCUAACGUAUGUUCUGUGGACCGCCAUAAUAUCAUAGAAGAACAACUGCAAAGGUUCUCCCCUCAUACACAGUGAUACAGGAAGUAAAAGUCAGUCAAGCCAUUUAAAAUGUAGCUAAUGUUCAGCUAUCUGCUGUUCAACAAGGAUAACAUACACGACAGGAUCUAUUUCUCAUUACUAGAUUAAUGUCAACAUUUCAGAGCAGAUACUGAAGGAGAUAAGGAAAGCACACCAAAUAUCUUUAGUGCGUUAUUAAUAAGGGGUAAAGUACAUUGCUUCUUAUGCUAUUACAGGCCAUUAUAGAGAAACAAGUUUGACGGAUUCAGAAAAAUGGCUUGCGAAUCGACUCUCCCAGAGGAGGAUCUAUCCUGUCCUGUGUGCUGUGACAUCUUCAAGGAUCCUGUUCUCCUGUCUUGUAGCCACAGCUUCUGUAAAGCCUGUCUGCARGAAUUCUGGAGAGAGAAGGAAUGGCAGGAGUGUCCAGUUUGCAGGAGAAGAUCGUCAAGGUCUGAGCCUCCCAAUAACCGGGCUCUUAAGAACCUAUGUGAGGCCUUCUUACAGGAGAGGCGUCAGAGAGCUUCAGCAGGGUCUGGGGUGCUCUGCAGUCUGCAUGGAGAGAAACUCAAGCUCUUUUGUCUGGAGCAUGAACAGCCUAUCUGUGUGGUGUGUCGUGAUUCAAGGAAACAUAAAACGCAUGACUGCAUCCCCAUAGAUGAAGCUGUACAGGAUCUUAAGGAGGAACUCAAGCCUACCCUGAAGUCCUUACAGGAGAAACUGGAAGUCUUUAAGAAAGUCAAACUCACUUGUGAUAAAACAGCACAGCAUAUCAAGAGCCAGGCUGAGGACACAGAGAUAACGAUUAAGGAGGACUUUGAGCGGGUUCACCAGUUUCUACGAGAGGAGGAGGAGGCCAAGAUAGCUGCCCUGAGGGAGGAAGAGGWGCAGAAGAGUCAGACGAUGAAGGUGAAGAUUGAAGAGAUGAGCGGACAGAUAUCAUCACUUUCAGACACAAUCAAAGCCAUAGAGAAAGAGCUGGAAGCUGAAGACAUCUCAUUCCUGCAGAACUACAAUGCCACAAUGAAAAGAACCCAGUGCCCRCUGCCUGAUCCUGUGAGGGUUUCAGGAGCGCUGAUAGAUGUGGCUAAACACCGGGGCAACCUCAUGUUCAGAAUCUGGGAGAAAAUGAAGGAGAUUGUUCGAUACACUCCGGUGGUUCUGGACCCUAAUACUGUGCACUCAAAGCUACUCUGUUCCAUGACCUGGACUGGGUAUGAUGAUUGCUUUGUAUGGGGUGGUGAGUUCCAGCAGCGUCCUGACAACCCAGAGAGGUUAGCCCAGGGAUGGGCCAUGGGCUCUGAGGGCUUUACCUCAGGGACACACAGCUGGGACAUUGAGAUUSAUGACGAGUAUUGGUUUGCAGGUGUGGCCACUGAGUCUAUCAAUAGGUCUGMUCCUAGAGAUGAAGUCUGGGGUGUUAGCCAUGUUCAUAGUUUUAAUACAGAUUGUAAGGAAGACUUUGAUUAUGUAUAUGAAGUAAGUUGCCCAAAUACUGAAACCAUUUACCUCCCCGUGAGACACAACUCCAGAGGUAAUGACAGGAUCAGAGUUCAGCUGGACAGGGACAGAGGAGAGCUAUCAUUCUACGACAUUGAUAAUAACACACACAUACACACAGGUACACACGCAUUCACUGGGAGAAUAUUUCCAAUUUUUUCAGUGCGUGACGGUCUUUGGAUUUUACCAGUGAGGGCCUCUGUAACAGUGGAAYAGCACAGUUAGGGCUGCCGGAAAACGUGUGGUGAGCUGGCAUUUACCCCAGUCAGUUUCAUCGGGUUUCGCAACACCCUACUACUGUUAAUUUGAAAUAAUAAAAAUAUUGACAAAGUG